GCGGCCUCGGGCUCCGAGGAGCCCAGCAGCGCCGGCGGCCUCAGCAGCAGUUGCAGCGACCCGAGCCCUGCCGGGGAAUCGCCGAGCCUGGACUCCCUGGAGUCGUUCUCUAACCUCCAUUCUUUCCCCAGUAGCUCCGAGUUCAAUAGUGAGGAAGGAGCUGAGAGCAGGGUCCCGGAGGAGGAGGAGGAAGAGGAGGGGGAAGAGGGUGCCGCGGCGGUGUUGCCCGGGGCUGUGCCCCUGUGCAGAGGGGAGGAGGAGGAGGAGGGGGAGGCAGCUCAGGUGCUCGCGGCCUCCAAGGAACGUUUCCCAGGACAAUCUGUCUAUCACAUCAAGUGGAUCCAGUGGAAGGAAGAGCACACACCCAUCAUCACCCAGAAUGAGAACGGACCCUGCCCUUUGCUGGCCAUCCUCAAUGUUUUGCUUCUGGCCUGGAAGGUGAAACUUCCACCGAUGAUGGAAAUCAUAACUGCUGAACAGCUGAUGGAAUAUUUAGGAGAUUACAUGCUUGAUGCAAAGCCAAAAGAAAUUUCAGAAAUUCAACGUUUAAAUUAUGAACAGAAUAUGAGUGAUGCUAUGGCAAUCUUGCACAAACUACAGACUGGCUUGGAUGUAAAUGUAAAAUUCACUGGUGUUCGAGUGUUUGAAUAUACACCAGAAUGCAUAGUAUUUGAUCUUCUUGAUAUUCCUUUAUACCAUGGGUGGUUAGUGGACCCUCAGAUUGAUGACAUUGUAAAAGCUGUUGGUAACUGCAGCUACAACCAACUAGUGGAGAAGAUCAUCUCUUGUAAGCAGUCAGACAAUAGUGAGCUGGUUAGUGAAGGCUUUGUAGCUGAGCAGUUUCUAAAUAACACAGCCACUCAACUGACAUACCAUGGAUUAUGUGAACUAACUUCAACAGUUCAGGAAGGAGAACUUUGUGUGUUCUUUCGGAAUAAUCAUUUUAGCACCAUGACCAAAUACAAGGGUCUACUGUAUUUGCUGGUAACAGAUCAGGGGUUUCUUACUGAAGAAAAAAUUGUUUGGGAAAGCCUUCAUAAUGUUGAUGGUGAUGGAAAUUUCUGUGACUCAGAUUUUCAUCUGCGGCCUCCUUCAGAUCCUGAAACUGUAUACAGAGGACAACAAGAUCAGAUCGAUCAGGACUAUCUUAUGGCAUUAUCUCUACAACAAGAACAGCAGAGCCAAGAGAUCAAUUGGGAACAAGCACCGGAAGGAAUCAGUGAUUUGGAACUCGCAAAGAAACUCCAAGAAGAAGAGGAUAGACGGGCUUCCCAAUAUUACCAGGAACAGGAACAAGCAGCAGUUGCUGCUGCUUCUACUUCUGCUUCUACCCAGGCUCAGCAAAGCCAACCAGCACAAGCCUCUCCGUCAAGUGGAAGACAAUCUGGAAAUAGUGAACGUAAACGAAAGGAACCUCGAGAAAAAGAUAAAGAAAAAGAAAAGGAAAAAAAUAGCUGUGUUAUUUUGUAACAAGUGUUGGAUUCUAUUGAAACCAUCUAUAUGUCUUGAGAAACAAAACCACAGGAGGAAAGGAAGAAAAACCGAUAAAUACCGUCUGUGCCUGAUUUCCCAAUGGAUUUUGUUCAUGUUUUUCAGGGGAAAGGUUGUUACUUAACUUAUAAUCAGACUUUUCAAGUCACACAGUACACUAUUUAUGAGCUGGAGUUUCGUGUUACAAGUUGGAAAUGCUGUGCGUUGUCAUUCAUGAAAAAUACUGCACUUGUAGCCAAAUAAGCAAAUCACAGCAAAUUUUGUGUCAUAGUGACAUUCAUAACUCAUAUCAGUUAGUAAGCUAUUUUAUCUUCUGUUCUAACAAUGAAUGGAGGUAAUUGAUUUUGUCUGAUUCCUUCCUGAAAACUAAAUAUUAGCACAAUAGUUUCUGAAAUUAAUUUUUCAAUAUUAAAUUAUGAUCUAAUCCACAAGAAACCAGGGGUUUAAUAUAGGGAUUUAAAAGGAAAAAAAAAAAGACAAAAAAAAUAACAGGAAUAAAUAAUCCUUAAUUGUAUAUUGGACUAGUUCAGCCCUAAAACAGCUUUACAUUUCUUUAGGAAUGUACAUUUUAGAUAUUAUCAUAAGAACUGAUCAUGGAGCUCGAAUUUAAUUAGAUAGAAAAAAUAAAGACUUGUAUUUUUUUUUCCAGUAGCAAAAAAUUACAUAAUACUAAUACUAAUAUCCUAUCAAAAUCAGAUAUUAUGACUUUGUAGUGUUGUGAAAUUUUGAGGAAUUUUGAAAUCUUUAAUAUAGGUAACUUGGACCACAGCUACUAUUUACUGGCCGUGUAAUAAGUGAGAGUAAGAAGGAAACCACAGUGGAUGCUGGGCUUUGUAAAUAUGAGGAUGUAGAAAAGCAAGUAGUUCAGUGUCUACCUUUUUCUAGAAUUACCUUGAACCUUAAAAUUUAAAUCAUGUUUAUUUGCUAGAAAAUUAAGUAUACUUUAUUAAAACCAACAAAAAAGCACAUUUCUGAAGGGAAGUUAGAGUAUAAUCUCUGAGUCUAGUAAAAAGCAGUAGUAGAAAUCUGUUGGAGGAAUUUAUAUAAAAACAAUCAGAUUUUUUUAACUUAUGAGAACCAAAUAAACCUAUAACGUCUUAUAGUGUUUGUAGGAUUCAGAAAGAAUAUUUAUUGAACUUUAUCAUGAGGCAACACAUGUAUUUCUGUAUUUCUAGAUAUAGUUUGGAAAACUAUCCUUAAUAGUCACUUUUAUAUGCUUUGUAUUUAAAAGUUUGUUUUAGUCAUUUUUGAAAUGACUAUUGCUGCUGCAAGUAGUUACGUGAUUUACAUGCUAAGCCUCAGUAAGUUUGUGUAAGAGCAUCAGUCUAACCUGAGCAUCCACUUGGAGAACGUUUUUUGUGGUCUGGGUGACAAUAGACUACAAAAAAGAAAAAAAAGAAAAAGUGGUCUAGAUUGCUUAAGCUAUGUCCUUACCAUUCUCCAUGAUCCAAGAGGAUUAGUCUACAUGUAAAAAGUAAAGUCUUAUUUAUGGAAGGAAUUAUUCUAAGGGAAAAAUCCAGGGUCAAGCUCUAUCUUUUAUGUCUUGUGUACUACAUGUCUGUUUAUGUUAUACCAAUUUGUUAUUCCUUCAAAUUUCCUAUGCUAGCAUGAUAAUCAUCAGAGAACCUGUUUGGGGUAUAAAACAUUAACAUAAAAUAUUUGAUGAGUCUCUUGAUAAUAACCCAGAAUAUGCAUACAUUGGUAAAGUAACCAAAUGUACUGCAGAAUUCUGUUGGCUCAAACAAAUUGACCUUAGUCCAGGUUUACUCUUUUUUU